AACCGAGUCAAAAGAAAGGUCGAUUUAUGUUCAGUCGAAAUUUUUGAUAAGUCUACAGCCAUUCAAGGAGAUGAAAUUAUGAAACUUUAUGAUGAUAAACCAAAAAAGAAAUUGAAGAGUACAGCCGAGAACUUUCCCAUCAAAAUGCAACUUCAGUCUAAUAUCAACGACACCGAUUUUUCUAAUAAAGAUUUAUACAUUGAUGACGAAAGCAAGGAGUCAUCAACUGAAGAGGAGUCAUCAGCCGAAGAGGAGUCAUCAGCCGAAGAGGAGUCAUCAACCGAAGAGGAGUCAUCGACCGAAGAGAAGCCAUCAACCGAAGAUGAAUCAUCGACCGAAGAUGAACCAUCAGCCGAAGAAGAAUCAUCCAUCGAAGAGGGAUCAUCAGCCGAAGAGGGACCAUCAACCGAAGAGGAAUCAUCAAACGAAGAGGAAUCAUUAACCGAAGAAGAACUAUCCAUCGAAGAGGAAUUGUCAGCUGUCAUUCAAAAUUUCCCCUUUGAAAGUGAGGAGGUAUCAGACGAAAUUCAACACCUUAUUAUAAAAAUGGAAAAUGUGAAUUGCCGUCUUUUCAAACAUCACAUGGUCAACCUCUCCGAAAAAAAUUUAGUUGACCCAGUAAAUACCGUUUUUUCUGAUGGCGAUAAGAAAAGAAUGAGAAAGUUCUGGGAGGAAAUGGAACCAUCUGCCGAAGAAAGGCAAAAUACUAUUCGUCGAUCAAAAUGGGAAAGAAGCAUCAAACCUCUGAAAAAAUGUUCUAAUGAUUCAGUCGAAAAAUCGUCUAGCAAGAAAGCCAAAAAAGGCUGGCUAAAAAGACUUAUUGAAGAAUUGCCUUCCGAAACAUCUCUCAGGAUCCAGAUAUCGCGGAAGAGGGAACUGGAAUUUUCUUUCUUUGAUCUGUACGACGCAACCGUCCAUAUGGAAGGGUAG